GGCCCGACUUACCCUAAACAACUAAUCUACUCCUCCCCCUCCCGCUCGGGGCGUACCAUUCGCGUUUGGGGGGAGGCAACGUGCCCCAGGGUACUCAGAAACCUGCUCCCCUUCUUCAGACAGGGAGAAGGCCGAGUGGUGCGGCCCGCCUCCAGCUGACCGGCCUGGAAUCCCGGCUCGGAGCCUCGGACUCGCGCCCGCCCGCGCGCCCGCUCCCUCCCCCUCCCCCCGCCCCGAGCCCCCCGACGCCGCCGCCGUAGUCGCCGCCGCCUCCUUCAAGCGGGGCCCAGGCCCAGCCGCCGCCACCGCUGCCGCCGCCGAGCUCCGCCGCCGCCGAGCACCAUGGGAGACGCCGGGAGCGAGCGCAGCAAAGCGCCCAGCCUGCCGCCUCGCUGUCCCUGCGGCUUCUGGGGGUCCAGCAAGACUAUGAACCUCUGUUCCAAAUGCUUUGCUGAUUUUCAAAAGAAACAACCAGACGAUGAUUCUGCUCCAAGUACCAGUAACAGCCAAUCAGAUUUGUUUUCUGAAGAGACCACCAGUGACAACAACAAUACCUCGAUAACCACGCCAACUCUUAGUCCCAGCCAGCAGCCGCUUCCGACAGAACUGAAUGUAACUUCACCAAGUAAAGAGGAGUGUGGGCCAUGCACAGACACAGCUCAUGUCUCGUUAAUCACACCAACCAAAAGAUCCUGUGGUACAGAUUCACAGUCUGAGAAUGAGGCUUCGCCAGUGAAACGGGCACGACUACUGGAGAACACCGAACGACCUGAGGAAAACAGCCGGUCUAAACAGAAGAGUCGACGUCGGUGCUUCCAGUGUCAGACCAAACUGGAGCUGGUGCAGCAGGAAUUGGGAUCAUGCCGCUGUGGUUAUGUGUUCUGUAUGUUACAUCGCCUCCCCGAGCAGCAUGACUGUACGUUUGACCACAUGGGCCGCGGCCGAGAGGAAGCCAUCAUGAAAAUGGUGAAACUGGACCGGAAAGUGGGGCGCUCCUGCCAGCGCAUUGGGGAGGGGUGCUCCUGAAGGCCAGGCAUGGCCGCCACAUGACGCUGUUCUUAGUUCACUAAUGUUAGCCUUAUUUAGGACAAAGUCAGCCAGACACCUUGUACUGGGCACGCGUCAGACUACAGCCAGUCCGUUUCCUUUCUUUAGCCAGCCAUCCUGGUACUGUAGUUUAGGGGUUGAUGGUGGUUGAAAUUGAUUUCUGGCUGGUUACUAAGGUGCCUGCUAGCCAUUGUAUAAAAUUAAAACGUGAAGAAUAUUUUUUUUUGAGCAUGGCUAGUGGAUUUAAAACAACACAUACCUGUCACUGCUGGAGUCAAACUUAUAAAAAGCCUUAAGCGGAAAGUGUUCCAGACGGAGACUCUGAGUUAAUAGAGGAGUAGAAGCUGGUGUUACAGUUCCCAUGACGCACAUGGCUUUGCCAGAAACUCUGGUUAAUGUUCGGCCUUUCACCUCUUCACUUAUCCUUAGUCCCAGUAGCCAGGAUACCUGAUGGCCACGCGUGCCUUGGCCACAGGAGGCUGUUGAGAUUGGCCACGUGGCUGGGCUGGGUGGUGGCUUUGCUCUCCCACAGAGCUGGAAAUGGGGGUGGGGGGGCAGGUUCUUAGGAAAAUUUUUUUACCUGACUUGCUAUGAAAAAACUCUCUCAUCACAGGAGAAGAGAAACAAUAACCUCACUUUGAAAAUUAGUUCCAUUCAAGACUAGUCCAUGUACAAGACCCAUCUUUUCUACACAGGACCCACGGUCGUGAGAAGCAGCCAGGGCGCACCCUGACCCCACUGGCUCUGGUUUGCCAUUUGCCAAGUGCAGGGAUCUGGCAAUUGAUCAAAUAAGGCUAAUUACAGCACAGCAGCUGCGGCUGGGAUCUACAAACUGGCCUCUGCAGCUAUAUUUCUAUAUUGGGAUUUUUUAAAAAGACAUUUCAUGGCCAACGGGAAUCAGUAGGAGGGCUGGGGAGCGUCUGGGAAGCUGCUGUCCGCAGACUCUGCCCCUUCCAGUGGCACCCACUCAGCCCUCUGUGGGCCGAGAGGAUGGUGCCAUGGCCUCGCCCCUUGUGUCUGUGCAGCUCUGUAGUCCAGGGACAACCUCUACCACAUAGGUUUAGGACGGGCAGGCAGCAUACGCCAGAGGAGCUGUGGGUUGAUCUGUCUAGAACAGUGGUUCUUGGCCCGGCCUGGCUCUGAGAGACCUUUGCUCUGGCAGUGGGGUGGGAGGGCACAUUUAUCAGCCUGUCCCUCUUCAUGCGGGCAGAAAGGAGUCAGUAGCCACGAUAGCUCAGGCCAGGUGGGGAGGGUGGCUCUGGGCCUGUUUGCCCGUGUUAGGGAAUCAUCACCGGUCGGGUGGGGGCGGGGAGGGUGGACAGGAUUAAGAUUCCUGUCUUAAGCCUGAACAGGGUUGAGUGGCCCAGAGACCCCAUCUGGUCCAGGCUGGUGAGAGUCGGAGGCUCCUGCAGAGGCGGCUUGGAUCUGCUCACACACAGGCUACUGGAAUAGUUAACCCAGCAAACUUUCCCUUUUAUACCACAACAAGCAGCUCAACUCUGUCUGCAGUUCACAGCUACACACCUUGCAACUACAAGUGGUUUUGAUCCGGAAUACUGAAAUAGGAAAUCAUGCUCUUCCCAGCCUCUUCCUUCCAUCCCACCCCCACCAGAGUGGAAUCCGCUGCAAAAUCUCCAGCCUUAUUCUUGCUUCAGGACCCAGACUGGUGUCUUGCUCUAAGGCAGCCCAGGGCAGAGGGGCCAGGUCUGCCCGCGUUUACCACUGUUGUCAAGCCACGGCCCUCUGGCCAGUACAUGGCCAUCCUCAGUGAGGCGGCCGCCUAGGCCCCCCCGCCAAGCUCUGAUCCCGAAGAGGCCACCCACGCGCCCUUCCGGCCCUCCUCAGGCCCCACCGCUGCUGCUUCGAGGCAGGGAUGGGAGGUAGGCUCUCUGGGGAGCCUGGUGGCACACAGGGCUCGCAGCCCAUGUUCACUUCCUGAUGGUAGAGCUGGGGGUGGGGGGAGGGCUUGUUCCCCUGCAGUAUCUGUUCUGUGAAGUUUGUUAAAUGUAAGGAAAGCUUAAAUUCUUGUAUCUUUAAAAGAGAAGAUCUUAUUUAACCCUUUUGUGUUUUAGAUUUACUUACACACAUAGCCUAGAGCUCAGUUUUAGUUUUAACAUUGUGAAAAUAUUAAAAGAAUCUUGUAACUUUAUUCUUUUUUCUCCUGCUGAAAAAAAAUUAAACCAAUCGUAUGAAA